GUGGGGUGGCGUGUAUCCGGCUUGGGCGCAGGACGGCCGCUCUCUCGUCCGUCCUACGUCUAGCACUCGACCCCCUUUUCGGAUUUGGGGCAAAAACAACGCCGAGCCGGAGGGAGUGGUGCGUGCCCGUGGUUUGUCAGGCUGUGCUCAUGGUGAUUUCAGCUGCGGCGGCGCCGGCACUCGAAUCCGGAACGACGUCGGCGGCCAAUGAUCCGGCGGCGCGCUUGGGGGCAUCCGUUUCGGCCUAUGGCGGCGCCGCGGCGGCAGGGUCGGGAGUUGGCUCGCCGGAUUCGGUGGUGCGGCCGGUCUCUCCUGAUAUGCGCCCGUCGGAGGAGGGGGUGGCACAGCAGGCGGCGGAGAGGGCUUUGUCUGAUAUCGAGUUCUCCGGGGGGUCCUGCACAACCUUCAGCUCUGGCGGCGGUGAUGUGGCGGCCGGAAGCGCCGACGGCGCUCCUCCGCCCGUCGUCUCGCGCUGCUCGAUUCAGUCUGUACAACACAGUGACAAAGCUUCCGUAAACACCACCAUCCGCGUUGGCUGGAAGCGCAGGCCAAGAGGCCCGCAAGGACCAGCCGAGCGGGCGGUAGUGGUUGAUCGUGUGCCAGCACUUGAAUCUGCCAUACGAGGAUUCACUGACAGGAGGACUGAGGUGGUAGUGAACCCGGUGCUUGGCACAAUAUUCGAUUCUCUGCCAGAGGCGUAUGAAUUCUACAAUUUAUAUUCGUGGGAAGUUGGCUUUGGGAUUCUCUACGGCAAGAGCAGGCAGAAUGUUAAUGGGACCAAAUGUAUGCAGGAGAUCGUGUGCGGCUGUGCUGGCAAGCCAGAGAGGGAGAACAGCUCGUCGAUGAGAAGCAACUGUGCCACCAUGCUGCGUCUGCACCGGACAGAUGAUGGUGGAUGGUAUGUAUUGGAGAUUCGUGCUUCCCACAACCAUGAGCUGCUUCGGACUUGUGCAGAGAAGCUACACUGGCCAUCACACCAGCGCAUUGACACAUACACGAGGGACCUUGUAAAGCAGUUGCGGCAGAACAAUGUUAAUCUGGGGAAGGUGUACAGCAUCAUUGGCAGUCUGUUUGGCCGGAUGGAGAAUGUACCGUUCACGAAGAGGUGCCUUCGAACUUUCUGUGGGAAGUUGAGUAGGGAGCAGGCGGACGAUGAUGUGCGCAAGACUAUGGAUGCAUUCUCCGAGCUGGGAUCUAAUGACCUAGAGUUUUCGUAUGUGGUUGAGGUUGAUAAAGAAAGCAAGAUAAAAACACUGUUGUGGACUAAUGGGAGAAGCAAGAUGCAAUACCACAAUUUCGGGGAUGUCAUAACAUUUGACACAACUUACAAGACAAACCUAUAUGACAUGCCUUUCGGAUUGUUCGUGGGGGUGAACAACCACUUCCAGAGUAUCAUCAUGGGGGGGGGGGGGGUCAUGAUGAGGGAGGAAACAAUCGAGAGUUUUAAUUGGGUAUUCACCGAGUUCAUUAGGCUAAUGGGUGACAAACCUCCAAAAACAAUACUAACAGAUCAGGCCCGUGCUAUGGAGGUUGCUAUACAACAAAGGAUGCCAGAUACAACACACCGCUGGUGUAAGUGGCAUGUGCUUCGGAAGGCGAUGGAGCACCUCGGUCCGCAUUACACAAAACGGAGUGACUUUAGGGCCGCUUUGCACAAGGUGGUUAAUGAAAUGCUGACCAUUGACGAGUUCGAAGCAGCUUGGGCUGACCUGCUUGACAGAUACAAGCUGCACAACAACACUUUUCUGAUCCAAAUAUUCGAGGUUAGGCACAAGUGGGCAAAACCCUAUUUUAGUGGCAAGUUCUGUGCGAAGCAAACUAGUACGCAACGGAGCGAAAGUGCAAACCAUUUGUUGAAGGGCUACAUCCCCCCCGCUUGCCCAAUGAACCUUUUUGUGAAACAAUACAGUAAGCUGCAGUUUGACCAGGAAGCUGAAGAAGGGUUCCAAGAGAAGAGGACCAGGCUGGGCGGUGUGGUUCUCCGAUACAAUUUCCCUCUGGAGGAGCAUGCGAGCCAGGUGUACACCCGGACUAUGUUCGAGAUGUUUGGUCAGGCUUUGUACCGCGUGGGAAGAUAUGAUGUCGAGGAAGUCCAAAGGGGCAGAAAGUACAACAUGCGGCAUGUGGAAGCUGAGAAGCGAGAAAAGUGGUGCCGCGAGAUGCAUGCAGUCGAUGUCCAUGAUGGCGGCGCUCGUUACUCGUGCGAAUGCGGCUUGUUUGAGCACAUGGGGAUGCUUUGUUGCCAUGCUAUCAAGGUUCUUAUUCAUUUGGGAGUGCGGAAGAUACCGAGUUUCCAUGUAAUGAAGAGGUGGACAGUAGAUGCCCGCGACAACUUGCCGCUGCACCUCAUCCAUUACCAGAAAGAUCAAGGGCCACCGCGGCUGUCAUCCUACCGGCAUACGGCACUACACCUGACAGCGCUAGACGAUCAAAGAUGGCAAAAGUUUGGUCGACCAAACUCAAGUUGGGGAUUCAGCCAAUCCAACCAUGCCACUAUGGCAAACGGCUCGCAACAAGAAGAUGUGUGUUCUGAGAUGAUCAUCUCCACUGAAUGUGGCCUUGGCUCUGUGUCUGUGGGAGCUGCAUCAUCGACGGGCCCAUUAUCCACAUUAUUGGUGCCCGAUAGGAAGAAACAUAAGGGUAGGCCGACAACGGCGAGGGACAAGCCUGGAUAUGAGGUAAAAGACGCGAGAUCAAGAUUUUGCACAAUUUGUAGGGAGAAGGGGCACAAGAGCACAACGUGCCCCCGUAGGGGUGACCUUCCGAAGAAACCUCGCAAAAUCCCUACAUGUGGCAAUUGUGGUGUGGUCGGGCACAAGAAAACAAGCUGUUUCAACCCGGUGUUGCCGUUUGUGAAGAGGCCUCGCGACGGACCAGUCGAGUGAUGUUCAGUUUCAUUUUUCUGAUGCGUAGAAGUUGUUGAAUCAGUCCAGAUGUAAGUUAGUAUAUUUAUUUGGACUUGUGAGUUGUAAUUCUAAUAAACCUGGAGCCUGACUGUGGGCUACUGUACUUUGCUUGCUGCUUUUUGAGAUACUAUUUUCAGCCGUUCUGGUUUAGUUUCCUUUGGGCCGGCUGCACA